AUGACGACGACGUCCAAGCGCAUCGCUCUUGCCCUUGCCAACAUCAUCCUACCCAUUGCGGUACUCGUCUUCGCGACAGGCUUCUUUCCCUACAAGCCUUUCCUGUCAGGCCUGGCCACCUUUGAAGAGGUUGAAAAUGAAGAGCUGGGACUGGGCCUACUCAAAGGCAAUGAUCGGCCACAGAGGAUCUUUGACAAGGUCAUCUUCAUGACCGUGGACGCGUUGAGGAGGUGGGUGCGUUCUUCGAAAGACGCAUGA